AUGGUAUUAAUCUACGUAGAUGAUAUCAUAAUUACUGGGAAUGACUCUAAGGAAUUGAUGUUGUUCAUCACCAAACUCAACACAGCUUUUGAACUCAAUGACUUGGGGGAACUACAUUAUUUCCUUGGCAUUGAGGUUUUUCUUGAUGCUACUGGUAUCUAUCUAUCCCCAGGAAAGUUUGCUGCUGAUUUACUCAAACGUGUUGAGAUGACCAACAUCAAGGCAAGCCCGACACCCAUAACAGGUGGGAAACCGAUGUCCAUUCAUGAUGGUGAAGAACUACCAGACCCCUCAGCCUAUCAAAGUGUAAUUGGAGCAAUGCCAUAUGUUACUCACACUUGA